AUGUUCGUUAAGACAUUCGAGCUUAUACUUCUCCUUUCGGUGCUGUAUAUUCUAGUUGGGUCUGAAGAUGCGCUAACCAACCCAGAUGAAGACAGAUCGAUACAAAACUUCAAUAUAAUGAAACACCUGCCGGUAUUUUUUGAGUAUCUUGCGACAUAUUUCCUUGCAGACGAAGCACACGUUUUAGAAGAGGAUUAUGGGGAAGAGGCUGUCAUGGACAAAAUUGAUGAUGCCGAAGAAUAUACAUCGUUUCAGUACACGAAAUAUGAUCGCGUUGCUUUGACUCCUGAAGAAGUUGUUGAGCAAAUCUUGAAGGUCGAACACGAAUUGGAAGAAUAUAACGAUAACGGUGAAUUGUAG